CUGAGUAAUGGAUCGAAACAGACAGCGUCAUUGCCAGUUGACCACGAGCAAUCAUGUCAGGCGCUGUGCCAGCAGUGCCGCUACCUGCCGACUACUUUCCCCGUAUAUCAUUGCAUUCGACUGUAGUAGCUGCCUUCGAAGAUGCCGCCAGAGUCCAAGUGACUGCUGACCUCAACCGCCUCCAGGCAGAAACAACGAGCAGCCAUGUCGGCACUGCGUCGUCGUCAUUCUCCCGUCGCCAACCCUUCCGCACGAACGAGCAAGGGUACUCUGUCCUGGAGCGAGACGGAGCGAGCAUUCGAGUACGGAUGCAAUCUCCCCAAACUCCUCGAGGUACCGGCAGCCCCACCAUCUCAUUUGCGUGUCACGUCGACGUCGUGGGACUCCCAAGCGAACUCUUGGACGUCAUGUACGCCGACAAUACGCUAGCCCUGCGGGAAUGGGGCCGCACGUUCUUGUCCAAUUGGUUCGUCGAUGCGGCCAUAUUGCACUGCAUCCACCGCCAUAGCGGCGGCGACGGCCCUCGCACGUUCGCGGCGGUGACCUGGCUCGCCCUCCAACUUCCCUCAAGCAUACAAACGGACUUGUGCCUCUUCCAGUCCAUGGGAACAUGCGACAACCUACCUUAUAUCACGUGGACGUCGGUGGAGGUCCAAAUUUGUCCGAGCCAGGAACACCUCAAGUUCCGCCGCUCCCGUCUGCACAUGACCAUGUUCCUUCAAGCUACGACCACGGGCACGCGGCUCACGUGCUUUGGCUCCAUGGAGCAACUGCAUCUUACAACGUCCCAGGUCGAACGCGGGAUGGCGGCGGCGGUGCUCCGGAUGCGAUCGCUGGAUGGGAUCUUGGAGGGCCAUCGAUUGGCCAAGAAGCACCCGUUCGUGCCCCGGUCCCAGUGGGUUCCCGACAGUGCGCGGAGGGCGUGCUACGUAUGCCGCGCUUCGUUUACGUUGUUUCGCAGUCGUCACCAUUGCCGCGCAUGUGGAGAGAUCAUGUGCAAGAAAUGUACAGUCGUCCGACCAGUGCCCAACCAGUUGGAUGGGCUCGAACGAAGCGCCAAGGUGUGUCUCCGAUGUGUGGCCAUGCCCCGUUCAGUGUCAUACAGACCUCGACCUUCCCGCCCGCCGCCGUCCGUCGGCAGACAGCCGCACAUGCACAGGUCCUCCCUCCAUGAAACGAACCCCCUUCCGUUCGACCAUGAGGCAGGUGGCUCCCGCGGUCGCUCGUCCCUGCCCCUAGACAUACGGCCACGUCUGUCGGUCCGGGCGUCGCGCAUGUCUGCCAAGGCCCCGACGACAGACCCGAUGCAACUGCUGUCGUCGUCGUCGUCAACGCUACAUCACCAGACGUUCUUUGGGUCGGCCAAGGCCAUGAGUUUGCCGUCAACCACCAGAUUUGACAAUGUGGACCCGAUGGCGGCGCAGCUGUGGCAAAUUUCGUGCCGGGCACAGGCAACGUGGACGUUGGCAAAGGACACGACCAGCCGCAACACCACGCCCGUGAGCACCCCCCGAGAAGGAGGGCCAGACAACUUGCGCGACAGCUUGGUCAAAGUGAACCAGUCGCUGGCGGAACAAGCGUACCUUCUUGACGCGAUCGACCGCGCCAGCCGAGGCCGAUUCAGUGCCACGUCAUCGCCCCUAAGCAACCCCGCCGUGGACAGCCUCCGAAUGAGUGCCUGGGGAGACGAACUCGGUCGAUUUGAAGUCAUCCCAGACGACUUGGACCGGUAGCUCGCGGGGACAUGAUCAUACUACUGUAGCCCCCCCCCAUCCAUAUCAUAUAUAUGUACUAGUAUUGGAUAGUAUACAGUCACACUGUAAUAGUAGGUGCAGCCGUACACACUCCACAUGUUAAGACCAACAAUAAUGUUGUCUGCAUAUGUACAUGCAUACAC